GUUACGGUCACUCUGCCCUUCGGAUUGCAAAUUUGAUUUGUCGCCUGUGUUUUUGCAUUGUUUUAAAUUUCCAGCGCAUGCUGUGAUUGCGUGUCGGCCCGGCAACUUUGUGGAAACUACCCGGAGUAUAUGGGGCUUGAACGCCUAGCCGCAAGGAAUGGAUGAAGAAAAAACACGGACAGAACUGCUUAACGGAGCGUCCGACGCCGGUCACAAAAUGGCGUCGGCGAAUCCCGAUACUUUGGCCUCGGCCACACACGAGCUGAAAAUCAUGGACGUGGAGGGAGCGGUGGUGACAGAGCCUCCUGUUGAACCCCCAAUGGUUAUCCUGGUCGACGACGACGAGCCGGUCGAGGAGAUGGAGGAGGAGGAGGAGCAGGAGGAAGCGGACCUAAUAGAUAUCAACAUGGACGAGGGCAGUACCCCACUAGUGGCUGAGUUGCAAUCGGCGCUGAACAAUCCAGACGAUAAGCCUUCCGAGGAUCCGCUGCUUGGCGAUCCUGACAGGGAUAUCGAUAACCUGUCCGCCAAGACGGAGCCGAGCAGCGAUGCCGAGAGCAACCACUCGUACCACGAUCCCAUGGGCCUGCUGGAGCGCAUCGAAACGCAAGAGGCCGACAGCCAAGACGAGGACGAAGACUACAGCAUCGAUGAUGGCAGUAGCGCCAAUGGCGGUAUCACCCGCAAGAAGAUGCCGCGUGCCGCGCGCUGGCUGAUUUGGAUGAAGCGCUGGCCCUGGAUGCUGCAUGAGGACACAGACGGCACCUACGCCUUCUGCCUGUACUGCAAUAUGAGCAUCAACGUGAACAACCGCUCCAAGCACAUCCAGCAGCACAAUAUGUCGCUGUACCACCAGGAGCGCGAGAAUAACUACUUGGCCUUCAAGAAGAGCGAGGAGCAGACCAGAGGAGCGACCAGUGACAAUGAGGUAAAGCACGAAUUCGGCACGAAGUCCUAUGUGGCCGCUAUGAAAAAGAAGCGGAUAAGCGAGAUCGAAGCCUUUAACAACUUCAACUGGUUGCGGUGGCUCCGUUCCCACCCUUGGUUGGAGCGUUCCCAGGCGCAGGGUACCAUGGGUUUGUGCCGCAUCUGCAAUAUCAAAAUGAAUGUUGAGUUUGUAUAUCUGCGCAAGCGUCACGAGACCACAAAGGGUCAUCAGGAGGCGCUACGUCAGCAGGACUCCGAUACGGCAAGCCGCAAACGCAAGCGUAGCAAGAGCACCAGCGGUCCCUCCUUGGUCAACGGGGAGGCGGAGCAAGAGCCACAGCAGGAAGAAGAGCCAGAAGCAGAGGACACCACAGUAGUAACUAUUAACGGUCAUUUGAAUAAUAGUGAUGACCCCGGCAAGUGGUUUGAGCUAAUUCCAGCCACCACUCCACAGCAGUGUCGUUGCACGCUAUGCAAUUGCCAGAUGGCAAUCACUAGCUUCAUGCGACACUGCAAGGCCAAUGCGCACUGCCAGAAGCUAACGGGCCCCCCUCAGAGACGAUCUACAACGGAACGUGGGAUCUGGGCUGUGUACGCUGAUCUGCAUCCCUGGAUGAUUGCGGAUCCAGAGGACCCGAAUUUAGCCUAUUGUAAGGUCUGUCAAAAGCGGUUUAUGUACGGUAAUUCGGAGAUCAAGCGCAAGAACCACGAAAAAUCCGAGAAGCACAUGUCGGCUCUCGCUGCCGCCAAGGCAGCCGGCGAAGCUAGCAUGGCUGAUGGGGAACGGGAGGAGGACGGAAGCGAAGAAGAUGAGCAGUCGGAGGCUGAGGGGGCUGCCAGUGAGCACACGCAGUCAGAGGCUCGAUCGGGGAGCGAAGGCAGCGAAGAAGACGACGAUAAUUGGUCGGACAAGCAAAAGGGAAAUAAGGGCCUAGCAGUGAAAUCUGUUUCGGAACCAAGAAGGGCCAAGGUACGUGCCGGAGUGCAUUUCUACCCGUGGCUAUGUUACUCCAAAGACCGGAAAACACAGUUAUGCAAGUAUUGCCGGGUGCGCUUCCAUAGUGAAUCGGCAAAGGCGCGGCACGAAUUUAGCGCUCGGCAUAAAAAGCUUAUGAAUCAGUUUAAGGCGCGCCAGGCGAAGAUGCCGCAAAACACGAUGCCUGUCGCUGAAGAGGAGGAGGAGGACGGGCAGAGCAAUUCAGACGCGGGCACAAUAAACAAUAAGGCAGAGACUCAGCCCAUCGAUAAACUAUUCGUAAAGCCCAUUCCGGCCACCAUGAAGGGCAAAGUAAUGGUGUGGAAGAGCCGUUUUCCAUGGCUGUCGUACAAGAAGAGCGAGAUGCGUGGCAACUACGCAUGGUGCAAGCUCUGCGAUGUGUCCAUCUUCCUGCCCAGCUCUAAGUGGGGCGCGAAACACCAGCGCACCUCACGACACAUUCGCCUGCGCAACGAACGCAGGCGCAAUGCCGGUCAGCCCACGAGAACGACAGAGGGCAUCUCUGCCGCCGUGGCCACUGCCGCCGCUUUGGCCAGUGGCGAGGCCAAACAGAAGGCUGCUAUGGCAGAGCUGCAGGCCAAAUAUAACUGGCUGGAGCCCGAUGCCAAUGAUGAGAAUCACUGCCAUUGCCGCGUAUGCGAUACGCGGCUACCGAUUAAGGUGUUCUACCUGCGUCAGCACGAUUCCUCGCGCAAGCAUGCCGACGGACUGGAGCGGCAGAGGAGCAACAACGCGAAGGUAGCUGCGCCAUCGGUCAGCACCAACUCGGAAGCCACUGCAGACCCGGAAGUGCAGGAGUCUGGCUUGGACAAGGACAGUGACGGCGACAUGAGUGUGAGAUCCGAUGGCAGCACGGCAGAGCCGCCGACAAAGCGAUCCCGUCGCUCAAUGGAGGUUCGCCGUAUCCUUCGUGCACUGCGCGAUUCUAUGGGCAAGCGUCAUGAGGAGCGUAGCCAGCUAGACAUGGCCAAGGACAUGAUCUGCUCCUCUUUUGAUAUUGUCACGCGACUGCGAACAAUGGAACGAGAAGGGGCCAUGGGACAUGGCAACUGCACGGCGCAGGCGCCGGAACCGGUGAAAGUGGCCCCGGCGAAUGCACAGCCAUCGGAGCCCCGGCAUGUAAUGGAUCUCUUUUUCGACAGCAUUGCGCCCACCAUGAAAUCUCUGCCAGCGGACUUGGCGGCUGAGGGCAAGGCCAAGAUCAUGCAGCUGGUUUGUGGGUUAGAAGUUCGAGCCAUGCACAGGAAUACCGCAAAAUCAGCUUCUCCCGCUUCUACCUCUGCUCCACCUACCCCAGUUGCUGUUGCUGCUGAAACUCCUUCUGCUACAGUUCAAGCCGCAGCUGUUGACGACGACUUCCAUUCCAAUGUCAUCACAAUUAACGACGAUGACCAGCUCAUAAUGAACAAUAACAAUGACGUGGAAUCACCUCCAAAUAAGUCAGGCAGCGGGACACACUCUGCGUCUUUGUCCAUCAACGGCAAUCCAAAAGACCUCCCAGAGAAUAUACGUCGUAUAUUGAGUUCUUCCCAACUGCAGGUAACAAAUCGCAACGAUCCGGACUCCGUCCGAUGUGUGCCGCUGGACAAGUUAACGACUCAGAGUCCGAUUAGGGUGAAUGGAACUACGCGACAUAGCCAAGGUGGCUCCUUGGAGGUUCCACCAUCAACGCCUGGAGGCGAAACUAACAAUAGCAAUACCUUGGCCAUGCUGCGGCAAAUACGCGUGAACAACAACAAUAGCUCGAAGAUGAUCACUAUUUCCAAGCCACCCAUGCAGGCGCAGCAGCAUUCUGCAAGCAUAUCCUCGACAAUGCCGCGGAACACCAGCAGCGGAGCCCAUAUUAAUUCCUUUCGGCCUAUAAUAAAUCCCAAUCGUAGACCAUAGAGCUAAACAAAUCAUCACUCAUCCAUAGCCUUAGAUUUUGUCAUUGUCAUUAUUUAAUUCACUUUGAUUUGGACACUAUUUUAUGCAUAUGUUAACGAUAAAUGCUUGCGGGCACUAUAUCUAUUCCAUACAUAUAUAUAUAAAUAUUAUAAAUCGCUUGAUGACGAGACCCGAAGAGUCACCUUCAAAAAAGAACAAAAAAUUGUAAACUUUUUUUCUUUUUCCCAAAUCAAUAAGAAACUGGGCUUAGUAAAUCGUACCAAUAGUUGUUUUAUAAGCAGAUGAAAAACUUGAUAAGUUCUUUUGUUUACAGACUUUUGCCAAGUCUAAAUUAUAAUUAAACUGAAUGUAUUUACUAUA